AUGAGCACCUCACUUCAAGAUGCUGAGUAUGAUGACGAAGAACUUUCCGACGAGCUCGAAGACCCAUCGACAGACGAACUCCCCAGCUUUGAUAUCGGGCUUUCGCCAACAGGUGAUGCUGGCAGUUCUUUCCGCACUCAAAACGACCCUGCUGCUCCAUUACAGCGAAGCAACUACGUCGAGCGCAACAAAGGAGGAGUCGACAUUCGCUGCUCUUGCCUUGAUGUCAUUCACGGCCUUUGGUCAGCAGACAGCGACUAUUCCGCAACACUACUCGUCCUUCAAUUUAGAUUUGACCCGCGCAAGAGAGCCCGAAGAAUUCAAGAUGUCAAUGUCACUCUCAGGUUCGCAGGGAUGAAGGCUAGAGAAAGCGAUCCUGAAGUGGCAUCGAUUGCACCAGACGGAACGUUCAAUUUGGUGGAAACGACACAACAUGAAGAGAUUACGCGUGGGGGGAGUUUGGCUCUUGGUGCAGCAGCUCCAGUAGGCGGAUUGACCGCGACUGGAACAUUGAGCUUGGAAAAGGCUGUCAGCCGAGAUACAUCGGAUCAUACCACGGUCACAGGAUCCAUUGAUUUGAAAGAAAGGAAUUGGGGAGCAAAGAAUUGCGCAUCGUGGACUUUGUUGGAGAACAAGACGACGAAAACUGGUGUGCCGAAGUCUAUGAGAACGGCUAUCCUUUUGAAGCGAAAGGACGACAACCCAUUCAAGUGUAUUGUGAAGAUUGAUGCCGGAGUUGAUUUCAAGAGUUCACUUGAGAGGAUGUUUGGUGGCAAGCCGAAGGAUGAUCCGGUGCUAUUCGAUCCUGAUCUUGAGCCUACUAACAACCUUCAGAAGUACGAUAGAGAGGAGCUUGGGGCUUUUGACAUUGAAAGCAUGGCCGAUGUGACGCACUCUACUAUCGUGGAGAGUGUCAUCAAGAAGAAAUUUUGUGACCGAGUACGUUUCAAGCUUAAUUCUCACCUCAGCUCAAAGAUUGCUGUGGAAAGAAAGAGAAGAUCAGGCUAUCAAGGACUCCUUGUGUCUGUCGCAAUUUGGGGGCUGCAAACCAAGCGCUAUCUGCUAUUGGCUGCAUUAUCUCCAUCUGCAGGAGCUGCCAUGAGUGACGCAGGUUCAGCCUUGGACGACGAAGCGGUUGUGAUUGAUUCUCCGAACAGAGGGAGAGACAUCGACGCUCAAGAUGCUAGCGACGCAAGCAGCGACGAAGACGACGAAGAGGAGGAAGACGACGAAGUUAGUCUGACGAAGAGAUUCGAAGGGUUGCUCAAAAGCUUGAAGGAAGGCACUAUCGAUUUGAACGAUCCAUUACAGCUUCAAGAAUUCACGACACAUCAUGGACCAUACUUAGGGCAGGCGUUGACAGGCGAUGCUGAUGAACACGAUACACUGCUUCACAUGCUCGUGGAUGACGCCAAGGAUAAAGUCUUCGACAGGUAUCAGCCUUUGGUCAAACUGCUUUUAGAGCGCCAUCCAGAUCUUAUGGAGAGAGAUUCCAAUGAAAAAGUCCCACUUUACAUUGCGAUCUCGAAGAAGCGCGACAAAUUGGUACGAUUCUUAUGCCAAAGCUACUCCGACAUUGAUUCGAUCCUGCGUAUUCCUUGCUGGCAUCAUGAGAACUGUCUCCACGUUGCCAUGCGAAAGCAGGUCGCACCAAAACUAGCUGUCUUCUUGAUCAAGCAGGCCAGUGAGAAAACACUAUGCGCACCAGAUCAAAAUGGAGCUACGCCACUCCAUGUGGCGGUCGAAUAUAAAUACUGUACAGAUACCCAACUCGAGAUCGUAGAAGCAUUGAUCCAGCGAUGCGACAAAGCUAUGGAUCGGCGAACCAAAGAGAAGAAUCUAUCGCCAUAUCAACACCACGAACAGAGCCAAAUCGAAUACUACAAGAAAAUCGAAUCAGAUCUCAAGAAGGCUGCGAAGGAAAAAGCGAGCGAGGCAGGAAGAACAAAGAAAGAAGAAAAUAAUAUCGCUCAUGACGGGAAAGGGUCUGAGGAUGCUUCAAAUUCGAAGCUCAAACUCGGCGAUCCGAAAAGUACCAAACAAAUCGUCAAUCCGAAGAGCCAGGAAGCUGUCUCUCUGUCCGUCAAAGAACCAAAGUUUGGCCCCAUCAAGCGCGUGAAUACCGGAGCAGAGCCUGGGAAACCGAGAGAUCCUCCUAAACUUGGGAUCAUGACAACCUCGGCGAAUGGAACUGGAGGUACUCCAAGAACGCCUGCAGCCGGUACAGCGCCGAAAGUGGCUGCGAAAAAGAAGAAAGAGAAGGAGGAAAUCAAAGUGACUGAAGAAAGCGCCAAAGCCAUCAAAAAUUUCAUGAAACUGCAUUGUAUGCGCACUCGUAACCAAGACGAUGCCGUGGACUUCCUUUACGGCCGAACGCAAGAAAAACAAAUCUACUUCGAUUUAUACGAAUACGCAUCUGUAACCAUGAGCCAAGAGCGCAUUGAAUCCGGCCUUGAUCAUCUCAAAUUCGAGGCAAUGCUUCAAUAUGUCGCUUUGCCAAGUAUGAAAUUGGAGAAACGACCUGUUCCGAAGCUCAGGAAGCAGCCACGUCCAGAUGGGAAGGGACGAGACGACAUGGUGUUCCUCUUUGAUUGGCUUAGAAAUAAAGCUGUCGACAGGGUCAUUCGGGUCAUAGUUGAUGACACUCUUGAUCCAGCUCACUCGGACGAAGCAAUCGAGAAAGCAUUAUGGAAUCUCAAAGUUGAUAUUUGGGACUGGAAGAAGAUCGACAUCUGCACUGAAACGAUAAUUACUGCCUCUCCGGAUGUCAGCGAAGUCUGCUUAUACUGGAGUGGGAAUAAUGCAGUUCUUCGAGGAUGGAGCGAGGCUGGAGGACUUCCGCUUUUGAGGAAACUGAAAAAGGUGCAUCUACAUGUUGAUCAAGGCCUGGAAACGGCCAAACGAGCAAGAAACAAUGUCAAAGAUUUCCAAGCACGCCUGAAACGUCUUAGAUCAGACAUAGUAGUUGAUGUGGUUGAGGAGAACCAGCCCGAAAAGCACGCUCCGACUGGCGGUGCAGUUGAUGUAGUAGCGGAACAGUCUGAGCAUCGCCACAAAUGGCUCACCACGAUGGACGAUUUCGCAGACUUCAUUCAAAACGUUGACUCUCCAUUACCAUUCGUUGAGCCUAUAACUAUCGCGCUUAUUGAUGAUGGUGUUGAUAUCGGCGAACAAUCACUUCAUGCCAAAAUCAUUGGAGGAAGAAGUUUCUGCCAAAGAGGCGAGAAUCUCAACAAGCCAUAUUACGUUACAAGUGGUGGGCAUGGUACAGUUAUGGCAAGCCUGAUCUGUCGAGUAUGUCCUCGAGCUCAACUUUAUGUUGUGAAACUAGACGAACACAUGAGCGAGAACUCCAAGAGACAAAUCACUGCCAAAAGCGCAGCAAAGGCAGUAAGAGCAGCAGUGGACAGAAAAGUCCACAUAAUCUCCAUGUCUUGGACCAUCGAACGCACUGCACAAAAUGUCUCAGACAUUGCUGACCUUGAAACGGCUAUCGAAUUGGCUGCAAAACAAGGCAUCCUCAUGUUCUGCGCAGCCAACGACCAAGGCAUUUCUUCUGAUCAAAGCUUUCCUGCAGCCGCUUCUACCAAACAUCUGUUCAAGAUCGGCGCUGCGGAAGCGUCGGGCACUGUAUGGAAGUGGGUCGGUGAUCCGGCUCAAGUGGAUUUUAUUUUCCCAGGCCAUAACGUGGUGAAGGACAGACCAAAUGAUGCUCCACUGGACAAAUGUAAAACAUUGACAGGAAGCUCGGUCGCCACGGCUUUCGCAUCUGGCUUGGCUGCUUUGAUACUCUGCUGCGUGCAACUUGGAGCAUUGACUACCCAAGCUGCGAACGAGAGACUGGCGCAAGCGCCUGGUGCUGUGUCCAUGGAGGAUUAUAAGGCUAUGAAGGGGCAUGAGAGGAUGAAAGAGGCAUUUAUGGGCAUCGGCAGUAAGAAUAAGUAUCUUGAGGUUUGGAAUGUUUUCGGAUCUGCUGCAAGCAAAGCUGAGAGAGUGGGAGGCAGGGAUGCAAAACUGGACAUUGUUUCAGAAAUUGCUCAACGUCUGAAGACCAGGAAGACUAUGGAAUAG